AUGAAUUGUACCGAUGUGCAGAAGGUGCAGUUUGGCACUCACAGGCUAGAGAAAGAAGCUGAGGAUUGGUGGAGUAACAUUGUGCAAAGAUUUGAUGAGGAAGGCAUAAAAGUUACUUGGGCUCUUUUCCGUGAUGCAUUUUUGGAAAACUAUUUUCCCAAACAUGUGCAUGGAAAGAAAGAGGUGGAAUUUCUGGAAUUGAAGCAAGGGAAUGGAAUUGUAGCGGAAUAUGCUGCAAAAUUUCAAGAGUUAAUCAAGUAUUGUCCUUAUUACAAUACUAUGAUUGCGGAGAGGUCUAAGUGCUUGAAGUUUGUGAAUGGUUUGAGGCAUUAUAUCAAGAAAUCUAUUGGUUACCAAUAG